AUGGCGCAAGCUUCAGAAGGAACGGCUGAAGCAGCGGCAGGAGCCACCGGAGGUGUGAGCCAUCUCCCGUGGCAGCAGGUCCCGAAGUUUACGCCAGGGGUGACAAGCGUGGACGAGUACUCUCAACGGCUUCGCUUUCUCAAAGAGUUGUGGCCAGCCGAGCAUCUGUCGUUGUUGGCUCCCCGGGCAGCCCUCUUGGUGGAGGGGGCCGCCUUCCAAAAGGUGAGCCGGAUCAAGCCCGAGCAGUUGCGAGGACCUGAUGGUGUGAAGUACCUUGUGGAGUCGCUGGGCGGGUCUUGGGGAAAGACCACAGUGGAGGAGCGAUACCACUUCUUUGAGCAGGCCAUCUUUCAGACGCAACAGAAGGCGGACGAGAGUAACGAUUCGUACAUUGCCAGACACGACGCUUUCUUUGAGGAACUCUUGAGCCGUGGGGUGACCCUUGAAGAGAUCCGCGCCUAUGUUCUUCUCCGUCAUUCCUUGUUGGCCCCGGAGGACAAGAAGCGUGUGAUCGUGGAAGCCAAGGGCGACUUGAAGUACCAAGAAACGGUCCGAGCAGUGCGGCUCUUGGGGUCCAAGUUCUUCACAGACUUUCAGAACCGUAGUGGCCCGGGAAAUGCCAAGGCAAUGGAUCGAAGCAAGGUCUACGACAUCCACAUGACGACAGACGACGACACCUUUGAGGAAGUGCACAUGGCGAUGGGACAGGACGAGGACCUCAGCGAUGAGCUCAUCCUGGCUCACUUCCUUGAGGCCAAUGACGAGGACGCCAUCUACAUCACGGAGUUUGAAGAUCAGAUAGUGGAGGCGGUGCAGGAGAGUGAGUUGGCCCCAGUCUUUGCCUCGUACCAAGAAGCUCGUCAAAAGCUGCGGGACAAAGCAAAGUCCAGGGGGUUCUGGCCCAUCAAGGGCAAGAUGAAGGGGAAGGGCCAGUCCGGGAAGAGAGGCAAGGGUUAUGGUUCCUGGGAUGGGGGCCGUCGACGUUCCCUUGCAGAUCGGAUCGCCAACUCCAACUGCAAACAAUGUGGGGCCAAAGGGCACUGGAAGCGGGAGUGCCCGAAGAACGACGCUAAGCCAGAGGCGACCUUGUUUGCCCAGAUCCAGCCGACCGAUCCCUUCCAAUCGGAGGUUCUCCAGACCCUGCCAGACUCCGAGCCCUUCAACAUCGAUGAGGACGACAGCGCAUGGACACAGAGAGGGGUUAGCACAGGGACAGGGAAUACUGGAGUAAUUCAGGACUUCGGGGAGACUUGCUUUAUGGUUGCGCCAAAGGCGCAAGGGCCGGCCACCGCGCCGAAGCAGGCAGUUUUGAAGAUAGCUUCUGAUGUCACCUUCCGUUUUGGAAACAGCGGGACACUCACGUCAAAAUUUGCGCUGCUGCUGCCCACCUCAGAAGACACAUGGGUCAGAGUUGAGGUGAUCCCCGGCCUAUCCAUAGUCAAUCUGUCAGAUCUCCUUCACGUCGGGGACAGGAACCACAGAACACAACACGGCAGCCUGAGCUCAAGCAGACAGCACGAAUCUUCGAAUAUCCUUCUCCUUCGCCGAGCGGCUUCCAACCGAGCGAUGCCCACCUCAGUCAAGCAGUCCGUGAAGAAGCUCCAAGAGAAGAUGCCCGAGGUCAAUCUGGACGAACCUCUCUCCGCGGAGGAGGAUGUGCACUUGGCCGAGGAACAGCUGACCAUGGUAAAGUACUUGGAGGUGGAAGUUGUCCGCCCACCGGGGAUUGCGAAUCUUCGGGAAUGGGGCCAAGUGGUGAUCGCGGCUGGCAAGCACAAAGGAAAGAGUCACGAGAAAACGUUCGAGACCGACCUGUCCUACUCGAUCCUCAUGGCUCGGAAGUCUUCUCUCAGCAGCCCAUGGGCACUGUCGUUCAAGAACUAUGCCCUGAUGCGACUGAAGCAGAUGGCCAAGACGGAGCAGGCGAGGUCCACGACCAAGGCGGAGGCAAAGAACAUCAAGUCCCAGGGUCCAGCCGUCAUGGACGGAGAGGAGAGCGAUGGGUGGAAGCUCUGCUCGCCGGAUGCCACAUCCCACACAGCUGCACCGAGCCGGGGCAGCAAGAGGAACAGUCCGCCGGGGGCAAGCUCGCAGAUGCCCAUUGCCAUGUCGCCGGAGGAGAUCAUGACGCGCCGGGCCGUGCUCGAAAGAGAGCUGACGAGGCUUCGGGAGAUCGAAGAUGCCGACAAGGACAGUUUCUUCUUGACCUUUAUCGCUACCAAACAGAACGAGGUUCAACAGGGCACUUUGCGAAUGAUUCAUGAGCUGGAAGUGGGAGACACCCCGCCAGGAAACAACCAUCUCCGCAAAGCCACCACACUGUACACCACGUCCAGACGACUGCAGCAAAGUGUCGACACUCGCUUUCAGACAGCGGGUCCAGAUCCCAGUGGGCGAAGCAACCGCAUGUUCCCACGAGAGAGGCGUCUUGCCAAACGGGUAGCCAUGCACCUAGGCACCAACCGGAUACAGCCACCUUGUGUGGAGGGAAUGCCGCGGGACAUGCCUUUACGUCAGACGGUUGUGGUAAAAAGGGUUGGUGGUGAAAUAGCUAUGGAUGGUGAGAUAGAGGAUUGGCACGGGCCGGGGUACUUCGCUUUAGGGGAGUCCGAGAAGAGGGAGUUAGUUAGGCUCCAUAACAAUUUGGGUCAUCCAUGCACUGAGACGUUUGUCAGAUUCCUGCAAGAACGAAAAGCCGAGCCUGCGCUCAUCCAGGGUGCUCGCGACUACUCUUGCAGUACGUGCUUGGAAACGGUUCCCACCCAAAAGUUAGCUAGGCCGGCGACAAUUCACACGCAUCGAGAUUUUAACGACACAAUCGGUAUGGAUGUUGCGUACUGGACCAAUAGCGGGGGGAAGAAGUUUCUGUUUACGCACAUUGUCGAUGAGGGCACACUGUUUCAACAAGCCAGUGGAGUAGGUAGGACGCCAGAAGAACAAUGGGAGUUCCUAUCGGAUCAUUGGUUUCAGUGGGCAGGGCCUUGUCAAACUUUGUAUGUAGAUCCAGCAGGGGAGUACAACAGUGAUUACUGGCGUCUAAAGCUGCAAACUGUAGGUGUGUGCACCAAUGUUUCUGCGGGAGAGGCUCAUUGGCAACUCGGUAGGACGGAAGCUCAUGGUAGGAUACUGAAGAGCAUGCUUUCUAAAAUGGACCAUGAAGAGCCCAUCCUGAACGACGAAGGUUUUCGUCGGUGUCUGAGAGCGGCAGUGCAGGCUAAGAACAGCUUGAGUAGGGUCCGGGGCUUCACACCUGAACAGGCAGUCCUGGGUAAACUUUCGCGGCUGCCAGCCUCUCUGAUUUCCGACAAUAGUGCCACGUGCCAUGCUUUAGCCGACAGUGAUCUGCCAGAAGGAGUCUCCUUCAGGAGGGACCUGCAGCGCCGUGAACAGGCCAGAGUCGCAUUCAUACAUGCAGACAACGACAACUCGUACCGUAGGGCUCUACUUCGUCGUUCGAGGCACCCCUGUGAAAGAUAUGAGCCGGGCGAUUGGGUUCUGUACUGGCGCCGACAUAAAGCCGGGAGUCGUGCGGAGCAAGGAAGGUGGUAUGGGCCGGGUCAGGUAAUUUGUGGGGAUAGCAAGGUAGUGUGGGUGAGCCAUUGUGGGCAAUUGAUCCGUGCAGCUCCUGAGCAGCUGCGAUCCGCGUCCUUGAGAGAAUGGCAAGGGGUGCUGGGAAAGACCAGCGCUGAGAGUUCACAAGGGGCAGUAGGUCAAGGGGUUAGAAGGGUGGUCGACCUUGCUGUUCUCGGAGGAACACCUAGCCGAGCAGAAGUGGAGAGCCAGGGAGAGGUUCCGCAGGAUGUUCCCGAACCAUUAGGACCCAUAGCCCCAGAAGGAGUAGCUGGGAUAGAGGCCGGGGGUACGGUUCCUGAAGUUCCUGAAGAAAAUGCGGAGGGAGAACAGCCAGAGAUGGAAGUCUCACCUGUGCCGUCGGUAGGUCUCGAGACAGAUAUGGUAGAUGCUUCGAACAUUCCUGUGCCUGAAGAUGACGAAGACGACCUCUUGUUUGGAGACAGUGAGUGUUUUUUCGCACAUCCCACACAGUCACAGGCAUGGGAAAUCAGUUUGCAUGAAACGGAGGUGCCUUUCGAAAACCUCCCGACGCCGCAGCAAGCUUUGCAUUUUGUAAUGUUAGCCACCGAGGGCAAGGAGAUUCGAGCCUGGCUUGACCACAGGCUAGUGGUGCUUGGGUUUGAAGACCCAGACAUUGCUGAUAUCCCUAAUGACGCUCCUACUUUAGGUAAGGACGCCCGACAACUCAUCCUUCAGAAGGUGGCCAGUAACCGUUGGAAACUGAUCAACUUCGAUGUGUCCACUGCUUUUCUGCAGGGGGAGGGGGAUGGUAGAAAGCUAGGCAUAAGACCACCUGAAGAGUUAAGAAGAGCCCUCAACAUGCAGGCGCAGGAACAAUGCCAGCUCGAAGGCGGCGCUUACGGCAGAAUCGAUGCUCCGUUUUUGUGGUUUCAGACAUUUAAGAAGACACUUGAAGAGCUUGGUUUUGUGCAAAGCCCUUUCGAUGCCUGUGCUUUCAGCCUCGUUUCACAAAGGGCCGAUGGUAGUGCUCAGGUUCAUGGUGUUCUGGGAAUACACGUAGACGACGGGAUUGGGGGAGGUGAUGAGUAUUUUCGGAGGGUCAUAGAUCGGUUGCGGGGUAUCUACAGCUUUGGGUCGUAUGAUGAGGGCGAGUUCACGUUCACCGGGAUUCGUUUUCGCCAAUGGGACGAUGGGAGCAUUGAAAUGGACCAAGAGAGGUACAUAGAGAAGAUCGUGCCCAUACAUGUGUCCCGAGAGCGUAGAGUGAAUCCCACCGCGAUGUUGAACCCUGAAGAACUUAAAGAGCUGAGACGCCUCAACGGUAGCCUCCAGUAUGCUGCAGUGCAUUCUCGACCCGACCUAGCUGCAAAGGUAGGCUACUUACAGACAAGGGUCAACAAGGGCCAGGUUCAGCAUCUUCUGGAAGCUAACCGUGUCCUUCAAGAGGCCAAAGCUCACCCAAUCUCUUUGAUGGUUGUGCCAAUUCAAGAACAGCAUGUUACGUUUUGCACCUUUUCGGAUGCUUCCUUCGCCACGUCGAAAGACCAUAACUCGUAUCAGGGUACGCUGGUGGUGGCAACAGACUGGCGAAUGCUAGCCAACCGCGAAGCUGUGAUCAUUCCUGUGGCCUGGUUGUUCUGGGAAUGGUUCAAGAAUCCUGCUGUUGAUAUCGCACAUCCGGAAGAAGUCCUUUCCCACGUUCCCAUGUUCACUUGUGCUGUCCAACAUGUCUUCAUCCUCGCCGGCCCUUCCGACAGCUCCGAGGACAAACACAUAUUGGUCCCUGAAGACCUUGCCAUUAUGUCUAUGAAGGGCAAGCAGGCGGACCCAACCAGGGCCGCGGAGGCGGAGGCAGACUCUGCAUCUCCAGAGGCACAGCAGAAGCCGCCACAGCCCGAGCCUAUCGACGCCGAGGCCGAUGUGACUCCGCCUCCAUCCAGGCGGCUGCGCAACAGCAACGGAAAGGUUCAGCCCAUCCAGUUGUCCUUCUUCAAGGCCAGCGAGUCUACAGGAACGCAGCCGCCGACACCCAAGCCCAAAGCGAAGACCGCUGCUAAGGGCAAGAAGCCUCCCACCGAGCCGACGCCAGGCAAGAAAGGCCAGCCGGCAAAGACAGAGGUUGCGGAAGACGAGCCCAGAUCUCCGCCCGAGCCGGCAGCAGAGAAGACGGAUGAGGCCCUAGGGAAGGCGGAGGCCAAAGAGGACCAGCGGGGCAAGCUUGUCGCAGCCUUCAACCGUGCAGUUCCAGGCCUCAAGCAUGGCCAGACGGUGCUCCUUGAAGAGCCACCCGCGCCGGCAGCGGAAACGGCAGCAGCAUCGCCCGAUGCCAGGCCGAAAGAGUCGAUGUCGAAGAGGAAGAAGAAGGACAAGGACGAGAAAGCGCAGCCGGACGUAGGCUCUUCCAGCAGCAAGAAGAAGGCUCCGGAGGCUCCCCAACCAGCGGAUGUCGAGGCGCCCGCGCCCCCCACAACGAGGCCAGCCAAAGAAGCAGCGCCGAAGAGGAAGAAGCGGGAGGAGAAAGCAGCGCAAAGUUCAGGUUCUGCCGCCAAGGAGAAGCCGACGCAGGCGGUGGAUGCCGAAAAGAGUGCGCCGCCACAGCCAAGGAAGAAGCGAGAAGAAAAGCCGCCAGAACAUCCAGGUUCGUCCAACGUCAAAGCUGCUCCUGCGGAGGCCGCGGCCGAGACGGUCGACGUCCAGGCGCCUCCGUCGACGGAGACAAGGCCAGACAAGAAGGCAGCGGCGAAAAGGCGGAAGAAGGAAGCGAAGGCUACGAUGGAGCCAUGCCCAGGCACGUCGAGCUCCAAAGACGCGGAGGCCGUGGAGGCCGAGGGGAGCGCCUCGCCACAGCCGAGGAAGAAGCGGGAAGAGAAGCCGCCAGAAGAUCCAGGCUCUUCCGACGUCAAAGCAGCGCCAACGGAGGCCGUGGCCCAGGCAGUGGACGUCGAGGCUCCUCCGUCGACGGAGACGAGGCCAGACAAGAAGGCAGCGGUGAAGAGGCACCGAUAA